UGAGCGCCCGCCCUCCUGUUAAACUAGCCCAAGGCAGAGAGAUAAACAAACCCUGCUGGGCCUGGUAUCGCCGUCUCAGGUCGCGGCGGAUAAGCCGGCGACGCGAUGGCUUCUUGGUCGCCGACACUGCCUUCUGCCUCAUGCUUCUCGCCUUCCUCUUCUACGUUCCUUCCUUCCUACCGCCUGCUGACGACCACUCUCCGGCGCCAGACACUGAAGAAGCACCUAUCUGUUACCGUCCCGGUGGAUGUUGCUCAUUUCCGUGUUCGAAGCUUGGAGACGAACAUAACUCCUACAGGUGAUGGUGAACUACCGGUUAACGAAGCAGCAACAGAGGGAGAGAAUCUCGAGUUGCAGCAGGUUUUCGAGAAGUUGAAGGAUUCAGAGCGACAACGCGUUGACAAGUUGGAAAAGUUUGAGAAUAAAGCAAAUGUGCAACUUGAGAGGCAGCUUGUAUUGGCUUCCUCUUGGAGUAGGUCUUUACUGACUUUGCAGGGAAAAUUGAAAGGAACAGAAUGGGAUCCAGUGAACUCUCACAGUAUUGAAUAUAGUGAGUUUUUGAAGCUACUUAAUUCAAACAAUGUCCAAUUCAUGGAGUAUUCAAAUUUUGGACAGACCGUCUCUGUGAUUUUACCUUAUAACAAAGACAAAAGAGAUGGGAAAGAAAGUUCAGACAGAGAAAUUGUGUAUCAACGCCAUAUUGUUGAUCGGAUGCCAAUUGAUGGGUGGAACACUAUAUGGAAUAAAUUGCAUCAACAACUUGUAAAUGUAGAUGUCAUUAAUGUGGAUUCUUUAUCCUCUGAAGUCUACUCAACCAUAGCGACUGCUGUUGUGUGGUCUAUGCGUUUUGCCCUUUCAGUUGCUGUAUAUCAGUGGGUUGAUAGUGUGGCGAGACCAGUUUAUUCAAAGUUGAUUCCUUGUGAUCUUGGUAAACCACAAAAAAGAGCUAGACCUUUGUUGCCCCGUAGGCACAGUGCAUUAGGAUCUUUGGGCAAAAGUCGGGCAAAAUUUAUAUCAGCUGAAGAGACUACAGGUGUCACAUUCAAUGAUUUUGCUGGACAGGAAUAUAUAAAGAUGGAAUUACAAGAAAUUGUGCGAAUCCUUAAAAAUGACGAGGCAUUUCAAGAUAAGGGUAUAUAUUGCCCGAAGGGGGUUUUACUACAUGGACCACCUGGAACAGGAAAAACUCUGCUGGCUAAAGCUAUUGCAGGUGAAGCAGGUCUCCCAUUCUUCGCAGCCAAUGGAACUGAUUUUGUUGAGAUGUUUGUAGGUGUCGCAGCAGCCCGUGUGAAGGAUCUCUUUACAACUGCCAGAUCAUAUGCACCAUCAAUAAUCUUUAUUGAUGAAAUUGAUGCGAUAGGCAGUAAACGUGGUGGACCUGAUAUUGGAGGGGGUGGUGCUGAGAGGGAACAAGGCUUGCUUCAGAUUUUGACUGAGAUGGAUGGAUUUAAGGAAUCAACUUCACAGGUUUUGGUUAUAGGGGCAACAAAUCGAUUGGAUAUAUUGGAUCCAGCUCUUCUGAGGAAGGGUCGUUUUGACAAGAUUAUCAGGGUUGGCUUGCCAUCAAAGGAUGGAAGAUUGGCCAUAUUGCAUGUGCAUGCUAGAAAUAAAUAUUUUCGUUCAGAAAAGGAAAAAGAUGUCCUCCUGCAGGAAAUUGCUGAACUUACUGAAAACUUUACUGGAGCAGAGCUGCAGAAUAUACUGAACGAAGCUGGAAUUUUAACUGCAAGAAAAGAUCAAGAUCACAUAGGACGAGAAGAGCUAUUGGAGGCUUUAAAGAGGCAAAAAGGUACCUUUGAAACGGGUCAGGAAGACAAUAAAGAAAUACCUGAGGAAUUAAAGGUUCGGCUAGCAUAUAGAGAGGCAGCUGUUGCCAUUCUCGCAUGCUUUUAUCCAAAUUCUCAUCAACCGAUUUUAGAGACACAUAUCCGCACCAUCCAGAGUACACCAAAUAUGCAGUACAGCAAGGUUUCAGGAAAAGCUUUCUUGAGAAAAUCUGAUUAUGUAAACUCUAUAGUGCGGGCUUGUGCACCUAGAGUCAUUGAAGAGGAGAUGUUUGGGAUUGAUAAUUUGUGUUGGAUAUCGGCGAAAUCUAUAUCUGAAGCAUCAACCCAUGCACAACGCUUGAUUCUCCAAACAGGGAUGACAGCAUUUGGCAAAGCAUACUAUAGGAAUCAAAGUGAUCUUGUGCCUAAUCUUGCAGCGAAGUUAGAGGCUCUCAGGGAUGAGUACAUGCGUUUUGCAUUCGAGCAGUGCUUGUCUGUUCUGAAAGAAUAUCGUUCAGCAGUAGAGACAAUUACAGAUGUUUUGCUUGAGAAAGAUCAAAUUAAUUCUAUGGAGAUCUGGGACAUCUAUGAAAAAGCACCACGAAUUCCUCAAUCUCCGGUACGACCAGUUGAUGAGUACGGAGCACUUAUUUAUGCUGGAAGAUGGGGAACCCAUGGUGUCUCUCUUCCUGGGAGGGUUACAUUUGCACCAGGAAAUGUUGGAUUUUCAACAUUUGGUGCACCGAGGCCGUCAGAGACACAAAUCAUCAGUGAUCAAACUUGGAAGUUGAUAGAUGGUAUCUGGGAUGACAAAAUCAAGGAGAUCAAGGAUGAAGUCUCUAGGCAGAUUGAAGAAGACGCAGGACGACCACAACUUUUGGUGGCUGACCACUUCCUUUAAAAAUUAAAUAUUAAGGAUAUAGAGUUGACUUUUAGAUGCAAAUGACCUUUAUGAGAAGAUACAAGGCCUUGGAUUGAGUAUAACUUCAUUCUCUUGCAGGUAAUCUACAAUGCUUACAAAUGAAAAAAGAUUCACCCAAGUGAUCAUUUGCACAGUUUCAGAGUUGCUAGAGUUUGCUUAUAUAACAUCUUCCAAUGUGCAAGUGACUAGACAGUUGUAGAAAAAAAUUUAGAUAGAUAUUUUUGUAUUAUAUGUAUGAUGAAUGGAGCUCAUUCCAUCCCAACAAGUGGCACUUUUCAUAUACACCAUGGACCUUUGUAAUACCGGUAAUGUGUGUGAUUCAUAAGCUUUGAGUUUCCCAGUUUCAAUACUC